AUGGGCCCGCCUGAUAGCAUCGGGAAUUUCUCCCCAUGGGCCCACAUGAUGGCUUCACACCCAUCAUUGGCCUACCGAUAUACACAGAGGAUGCAUGCUUUAUGGGCCUACCUGAUAAAGUCAACCGUUGCUCCUUCAUGGGCCCACCCGAUACCACACAUACAAUUGGCUGACCGAUACACACAGGCACUAUGUUCUACAUGGGCCCAGCUGACAGCAUCAGAGACUCCUCCACCACCAUUUGCCCACCAAUAUACCGAACCCAUGGGGCCAUAUGAUGUUCAUGGCCACCGGCCGACAUCUGUUGAAAUCAGGUCUCAUCUUAUCAGCAACUGGGCUAACAAUGUACCAGCUGAACCGAAGUCUACUAUACCAAGUUCCAGAUCAAACACCUAUUCUGCUUCUCACGUUGCAACCACUCCGCCCUCAUUGGUAUUAUCCACCAGUACCAAGACCAGUUCCAAGGCCAAACCUGCGUACAUCAAUCAGAAGCUGUCAAUUAGUGCACCUGAGUCUAACGAUGUCCUCAUGGUCAGCGACAAUAGUCUUGAUGACCCUGAGGCUCUUGAACAGCGUCCAGCUGUACUGCCUAGGAAGAAAGGGAAACAGUUCAAGGACUCAGUUGAAUUUCAGAAGUCCACUAUAAUUGUUCCUGCCAGUGAGAGUGACUCUGAGCCCGAGCAGAUAACAUUUUCUGCUGAGCCUGGUAGUAUCAAGCAGAAGGCUGAUGAUGUCGGGGAUUUUGUUGAUGAGACCACAUCUGAGGCCACUGAUGAUUCUGGCUUUUCGGCAGAUGGUUCACAGGAAUUCGAUGGCCUCUUGCCCAAGACAUCUACUAUUGUAUCUCAGAGCGCUACCCCUCCACCAUGCAAAAAGUUGAAGAAAGAAAGCUCUGAGGUUACCAACUACAGUGAUCUUGUGCCUCUGCCCUCAACCCAAGUUCCAGUGGGUUAUUAUAAUGAUGUUGUACCUCCUCCCAGCACCCAAGUCCCACCGGCCUCACAGAAGGCUGCUGCAAAUGAGGUCGUUAAGCCGCACAGUCAAUGUCGCAACAAUGAUCUCCCGGUACCUGCUGACUCAAAGGCCUUCUUGUCUAUGGCACUUCUCUGGGCUGGAAGUCAAGCUAAUCCAUGGGAAAUUUCCAAGUCUCUGAUGGCAGAUGCGCUGCAGGAGAUCUUUGAUGUGGUCUACCCUGAUGUCAAAUAUAAGGUGAAUUCAAAUGGCACUGUAUUCGCGGUGACACAACAGUGGCUCUCAGAGUGGAGGAGCAACAUCAGCUCGACAGCGCUUGUGAUCGUCGUUGAUUUCUGCUCUUGCAUCAAAGAUGCACCAAAUGCCCUCGUCGCCAAGCAACUCUUGAAGGAUUCUUACCUGUCCAUGUUUGUACUGCAAAUGAUCGCAUCCACUCACCUCAGUGCCAUUGUCGACCAUGCCAGUGUACCCGCAUUGUAUACCGACAAGCUCACUUUGGGCAAUGGUAUGGAUGGUGUUAUUGUGCUCUGUGUCAUUGCUCUCGAACAUACCCUCAAGUUUGUCAAAGACAGCAUCAUCAAUGUAGAUGAAGUUCUUGCAUCUAUGGCCACUGGCAAGUUUUCUGUCAAGCUCCCGGCAAAACACAACAAGGUAAUGGGCAAGAUGUCAAGCAGAUGUUACAAUUUUUCCUUCACCUAUUGGCACGACGAGAUGGAAGCAUACAUGAAGUCGAUCAGCAACAGGAAUGAGGACUCAAAACUAAUCAUCAUUUCCCAUGCACGAAGGUAUAUGACAAAGUCUGCGAGGGGAGAUGCCUCAGAUGAAGAUAUUAAGGAGACUCAGAGCAUUGACGAGCGUGCCCUCAUUUGUAAAAAUACUACCCUAUGGGCUUCGACAUAA